AUAAAAAAAAAAGGAAAAAUCAAAAUUUUCUUACUUUUGUUUUGUAUUUUUGUGUGUGAGGAUUGAGCGGUCUUCGAAGCUGUGGCUUUCGUUCGCUCUGAGGAUCUGAGUAACUCUCCUUCCCCCUUAUGUCUCUCUCUCCCUCCCCGAAGAACAGCAAUUCUUCUUGCUUUGUGACCAUAUAUUUCUCACAUAGAAAGCUUAGGUUUUUUUUUUUUGUUAUGCUGCAAUUUUUCUAGAUAUCUCUCUCUUUCUCACACGCGCAGAAAGCUCCUUAUAGGGCAGAGGAGCUUCUGUCUCGAAUUACACUGUGUUUGAAUCUCUAAUCGAUUUUGCCUUCAAGACAAAAGCUCGCUUUGUCAAGACAAAGAAGUUCUCUUCGCUUCGUCGCUGGUUUCAUAUUUCUCUUUCUGUGGCGUUAUCUUUUGUUGGUACGGUCUAUAUUCUCUUGGUCGCGCUGGAUUGGUUGGUUGAUCGCGCUUUGGCUGGUGAAUGGAAGAGGAGGAGAUGUUGUUGCGGAAGGUGUAAUAGAGGGCUGAAAUGCUGUAUCUGGAGCAAUCGAGUUUCGUAGCCGUGUUAGGGUUUCGGAGCUUUCUUCUCCUCCGGUGAUCUAUUCUCUUGCAUGCCCCUCUGACUCUACCCGAGCCUGGGAGGCUCGGGAUCCGGACGAACCAUGGCGUCAGAGAACGAGCCGCAGGCUCGGAUCGAGGAGGAGCCGGAUCCGAGCACUGGUUACCUGCAAAAGUUCCGGUUAUAUGCGACUCGAUCGAAUUUUUAUAUGAUAGGAAGAGACAAGAGUAGAACGUUAUGGAGAGUAUUAAAAAUUGAUAGGUUAGAGCCUUCUGAGCUGAACAUUCGUGAAGAUUCCACCACAUACUCUGAAGGUGAAUGCUCUGAUCUGCUAAAGCGGAUACAUGAAGGGAACAUGUCUACUGGUGGACUUAAGUUUGUCACCACUUGUUAUGGAAUCAUUGGUUUCAUUAAAUUUUUGGGGCCUUACUACAUGCUGCUUAUCACAAAAAGAAGGCAGAUUGGUGCAAUUUGUGGCCAUACAGUAUAUGCCGUCACCAAGAGCGAGAUGAUUCCACUCCCAAACUCUACUGAGCAGUCCAAUGUGGCUUAUUCUAAGAAUGAAAACAGAUACAAGAAGCUCCUAUGCACAGUGGAUCUUACAAAGGACUUCUUUUUCAGCUACUCAUAUCACGUAAUGCGUAGUCUUCAAAAGAACUUGUGUAAUCAUGAGACAGGGCAGGUACUUUAUGAAACAAUGUUCGUCUGGAAUGAAUUCCUGACUCGGGGAAUCCGGAAUCACCUUAAAAAUACUCUCUGGACAGUUGCAUUGGUCUAUGGUUUUUUUAAACAGGCUAACUUUUCUAUAUCUGGGAAAGAAUUCAAGUUGACACUCAUUGCUAGGCGUUCACGUCAUUAUGCUGGCACCAGGUAUCUGAAACGAGGUGUAAAUGAGAAGGGUAGAGUAGCUAAUGAUGUUGAGACAGAACAAAUUGUGUGUGAGGAUGUUCCUGAGGGAUGUCCAACACAAAUUAGUUCUGUAGUGCAGAACCGAGGCUCAAUUCCACUUUUCUGGUCCCAGGAAACAUCACGCUUGAAUAUUAAACCUGAUAUCAUAUUGUCAAAGAAGGAUCAAAAUUAUGAAGCAACUAGACUUCAUUUUGAGAAUCUUGUCAAGAGAUAUGGGAACCCAAUCAUCAUUUUGAAUUUAAUUAAGACACGUGAAAAGAAGCCCCGGGAAUCUAUCCUCCGUGCUGAAUUUGCUAAUGCUAUUGAUUUUAUCAAUAAAGAUCUAUCAGAGGAGAAUCGCCUAAAGUUUCUACAUUGGGAUCUACACAAACAUUCUAGAAGCAAAGCAACAAAUGUUUUGGCACUUCUAGGCAAAGUGGCUGCAUAUGCGUUGAACCUAACGGGCUUCUUUUAUUGUCAAGUAACACCAGGUCUGAAGCCCCAAGAAUCUUUAAAGGGGUCCUACUUCGAUUUCAGUGCUUACAGUUCAAUAUAUUACCGGAAAGAUGAUGCUGGUGACCAGUCUCCUCCAAACCAUUUUAACAACAGUGCAGAUGCUGAUGAUUUGGAAAAGAGACUUAAUCAGCAUAGUAGUGAUGUCAAUGGAGACCAUUCGGUUAAGCCAUCCAUGUUUCAAAAAGGUGUUCUCAGGACAAAUUGCAUAGACUGCUUGGAUCGUACAAAUGUUGCACAAUAUGCCUAUGGCUUGGCAGCUCUAGGACAUCAGCUUCAUGCCUUGGGAUUUAUAGAUGUGCCAAAAAUUGACUUGGAUGCCCCUUUAGCUGAUGAGCUAAUGCGGUUUUACGAGACAAUGGGCGACACUCUUGCACUUCAAUAUGGAGGGUCUGCUGCACACAACAAGAUAUUCUCUGAGAGAAGAGGUCAAUGGAAGGCGGCAACCCAGUCCCAAGAGUUCUUUAGAACUCUGCAGCGAUACUACAACAAUGCCUAUAUGGAUGCUGAGAAACAAGAUGCGAUAAAUGUGUUCCUGGGGCACUUCCAACCACAACAGGGUAAACCUGCACUGUGGGAGCUGGAUUCAGACCAGCAUUACAAUGCUGGGAGGCGUGGAUACACAUAUGUUGAUGAAAACACUAGGUCAUAUUUCAAAAGAUCCUUAUCAGAUGGGAACAUUCUUUGUGAAAGCAAUAUACCUGCAUCAGCCACAAAUUCUGGGCAGAAGAAACUUUCUAGCUCAGCUUUGCCUGAAAGAACACAAGGAGGCAGCAAGGGACUUUCUGACUCUACGCCAGAAAUCUCAACCUGUGAAUGUGAUAUAUCAUAUUCCAGGUUCACACCCUCAACUCGAAGGCAACUUUUUGCAGACAUGCAGAGAGAUCGAUGUCCUGAUAGUGAUCAGUUCUAUUUCCACGAAAAUGGGGAUGCAUCUAGCUUCUCAAACUUUCUGGACCUUGACUGGCUAUCUUCCUCUGGAAAUUCAUGUGAGGAAGAAACCUAUGAAAGAUCUACCCUUACAAACUCUCCAGUUGCCAGCCUAUCAUCAGAGAAUGUUGCAAAUGGAAUUACCAUGGAAACAACUCCAUCUCAAAGUGAAUAUGGUUCCAGCAUGAAGGGAAAAGAACAGACAGAGACGGAUGUUUGUUAUGAUGCUGCUGGAGAGAAUUUGGACACUCUAAGUGAAUUUUCUGACAGCUUUGUGCACUGGGUAACAUAUGGGGAGACACUAUGCCAUUGAUGCCCAGCUAUUCCAAUUUUUCCUUUAAAACAAUAUUUAUUUCCCAGCCUGACUGACCCACCAUGGUUCGAUGGAUGCCAAGCACAGAGAGAAUAGCGAAAACGAUAUGUGGAAGAACCAAAACAGUGCUACUGGCAUUAUUUAGAAGCUUAGGAGGGCUCUCCCUGGCUUUCAUGUAUAAUUUGCAGCAUUGAUGCGAUCGUGAAAUCCUCGAUCCGAGUGCAGUACAAAGGUACAGCAGAGUAAAUAGUGACAGUUGAAUUCUUUCUGGAGCUCUCUAUUUCUUUCUUUUGUUUUUUUACAACAUACUUCAAAAUUCUCAAUCUUGUAAAUAUUAUGUAUUUAUAUAUAUUUAUAUAUAUAUAUAUCUAUAUAUAAUAUAUGUUCAACUCGGAGCUCCAAUUUACAGUGGCGGGCCAUUAUUUUCUUUUGCA